GCUUCCGGGUAAGUUUAAGUUGUCGCCUCGUUCACGCAUGUUGAUGAAACAGUCGAAUUUUAUCCCCUCAACUGAUACAUUUCAAUUACUACAGUUUAAUGUAAUAACUUAUAAUACAGACAUAUUCAUAUAGUUAAAUCUCAAGUUGUGGAUAUACUAUAUAAGGAUGCCGUCGCUCAGCUGUAGAUUCUACCAGCACAGGUUUCCAGAGGUGGACGAUGUGGUGAUGGUCAACGUGCGCUCCAUCGCAGAGAUGGGAGCCUACGUAAGUCUACUGGAGUACAACAACAUUGAAGGCAUGAUCCUCCUUAGCGAGUUGUCUCGCAGACGUAUCCGCUCCAUCAACAAACUCAUCAGGAUCGGACGCAACGAGUGUGUGGUCGUCAUCCGAGUGGAUAAGGAGAAAGGUUACAUUGAUCUGUCCAAGAGAAGAGUUUCACCCGAGGAGGCAAUCAAGUGCGAAGACAAAUUCACCAAAUCCAAAACGGUGUACAGCAUAUUGAGGCAUGUGGCUGAGGUUCUGGAGUACACCAAAGAUGAGCAGCUGGAGAGCCUGUUCACCCGCACCGCCUGGGUGUUUGAUGAGAAGUACAAGCGGCCUGGAUACGGAGCCUAUGAUGUCUUCAAACAGGCUGUGGCGGACCCAGCCGUUUUAGAUUGUCUGGACCUGACAGAGGAGGAGAAGGCUGUCCUCAUUGACAACAUCAACAGAAGACUGACCCCACAAGCUGUCAAAAUCAGGGCAGACAUUGAGGUGGCCUGUUACGGGUAUGAGGGGAUUGAUGCUGUCAAAGAAGCAUUGAGGGCGGGGCUGGGCUGCUCCACAGACGCCAUGCCAAUCAAGAUUAAUCUGAUAGCGCCGCCACGCUACGUCAUGACCACCACCACACUGGAGCGCACAGAGGGUCUCUCUGUCCUCAACCAGGCCAUGGCUGCCAUCAAAGAGAAGAUUGAGGAGAAGCGAGGCGUGUUUAACAUCCAGAUGGAGGCGAAGGUUGUGACAGACAUAGAUGAGACAGAGCUGGCCCGCCAGCUGGAGCAACUGGAGAGAGAGAACGCUGAGGUGGACGGAGAUGACGAAGAUGGAGAGAUGGAGGCCAAGGCAGAGGACUAAACUAGAUGAAGAACUGAGGGAUUGGAUACGACGACGAGACCAAUUAUACAUAUGCAGUCCAGAGCAUGUAUUCAUAAAGCAUCUCAGAGUAGGAGUGCUGGUCUAGGUUCAGACCACCCCACCCCAUAUGUAUUCUUAUGCAUAAUGAUCUAAAAGGCUAAACUUAUCCUAGAUCAGAACUCCUAUUUUGAGAUAUUUCAUGAAUACAGGCCCUGUCUGAUGAGAUGACGAACUUCAUGUCAAAUCAAGCAUUCUAGAACGUCUCUCCAACUGAACCCUUUGGAUCAGUAGCAGGGACCCUCUCAGGGAGACUGAUAGAGCGAUGGCUACAGGCAUUGACUGUCAUACUGCCAAACACAGGGCUGGGAAAGGCCUCUGUGGUUAUACCAAUGGACACAAUAACAACUGAAUAUGAUCACUGAACCCUAGCUGUUUGAAUUGCAUCAGAACGGGUGGGUUGGGGUAGGAUUAGCCUAUUUGUGCUGUAGCCAACUUCUCUCUGUGUAGAAGAGUUGGCUACAGCACAUAUAAUACAAAAUGGGACAAUGCUUGGGUUGGUGGGGUGGUAGCCUGGUCCCGUGCUGAAUGUUCUUUAACCAACUCUUUGUGACACAUACAGUAUAGGACCAGGCUAGAGUGAGUAGGGGUUUUGAUAGAUUCUGAGAAUAUAAUAAGACAAGUGUUUUAUAUAUAGCAAGGACAUAUUUUAGGAAUGAGUACUUCUGAAAGUGGCCUUGGCUGUCUCCCCAACUCCAUGAAAGGACAAUAGCUUUCUUGUCGUUUUCCAGCUCAAUAUGGUUCAAGUGAAAUGUCGGAAGGGAGAGUAUAAUGCUCACCUAACCAACUCACACAGAUCUUUAUAACUUAGGGUGCAUUCUGGAUGUAUUUCUAUUUUGACAGGACUACAUUCUUAACAUUACAUUAAAUAAAUAAAAAAGUUCCUUUGU